AUGGUCACAGAGGAUUAUUGCUGUCCUGGAUCAGAAGUACUUAUACUCGGAUUAUUUGCCUGCAGUUACGCGCGAAGCCUUGACCUUCCGGCUCAAAUUAGUAUCGACGAGGCUGAGCUUGCUGGAUUUAUUGGAGAGUCAAUCUUAUACGGGUGUGCUAUGACCCUUAUGCUCGCAACAAUGGCUCUUCUGGUGUCACCCAAAAGGAAGCUGGAGUACGGAGCUAAUGCAAGGAUGAGACAUGCUCUCCUGGCUAUGACUUCACUCUUCAUCCUGUUAUCAACGGCGCACUGGAUCAUUGACCUGUCCAGGAUAUGGACCACUUUUAUUAUGUAUCGCCACCAAUCGGAUGGAUCUACGCUGUUUCUAGCAGAGAUAUGGAAUCCUAGGAACGUAGCCAAGCAAGCCGUUGUUAUCACGGAAGCGGUGCUCAUGGAUAUAAUUCUUGUCAGGCCGGGAGAAGACGUAUUUGCGAGUUUGACCGGACGGUGGAUUGUUAGUGCACUAGUUCUCGGACUCAGUACAAACAUCAUGCAAGCAGCUUUGAUAACCUAUCGCAUUGUCAAGAGAGACCGUGAUAUGAGAGGGUUCACCACCGCCGAGCUGUCUCCGAUGAUACCAGUGGCAAUCGAGAGUGCCGUCAUUCUUGGGGUUCUCAAUCUCGUGACAUUGUUGGCCUUCGCAGCAAGAUCGAAUGUGCAGUUUAGUUCAGCCACUAUGGUAUUCAAGUUUAUUCCGUACAUACAACGCAACUUAUUGAUCACGAGAAUUCAGCUUAGUCCCAUGAUCGGAAUUGCGUACGGCUUGAUCAUGGUUCGCAUAGGCCUAAGUGCCACAGGAUUACAAGCACCGACAAUAUUUCAUUCGCGCGUGUCACGCCCACCUGCGGAAUGCUUAUAUCCGAUGGAGGUUCGCAUCACACAAGAGACGGACAUGGAAACACGGGCAGCCCAUAAGAGCGAGAGCGCUGCAUCUUGGAUUGAUGGCGAUAAGAAUAAGGGCAUAGAUGGUGUGUAA